UAAACUUAGCCUAAAACGACAUCGUUUUACGUAAUGACUUGCAUCUUUCUAACUGAGCAGAAGCCGACAAACGACACACGACGUCACCACAAUUCUCAACUUUGGAGCUGCAGACACAAUUCCGGCGACGUUUACGAUUCUGACACCGCCGAACCCACUUGUAGCAAAUGGAAGAAGUUCAAAAAAGAGUUGCCUUUAUACUAAUUGAUGGUUUGGGAGAUGUAUCAAUACCAAGAUUAGGUUACAAAACACCAUUGCAAGCAGCAGAAAUACCUAACCUUGAUGCAAUUGCUUCAGCUGGAAUCAAUGGUUUAAUGGAUCCAGUUGAAGUUGGAUUAGGUUGUGGUAGUGACACUGCUCAUCUUUCUCUAAUGGGUUAUGAUCCAAGAGUGUAUUACCGUGGACGUGGCGCGUUUGAAUCUAUGGGUGCAGGAUUAGCUAUGUCACCUGGUGACAUAGCUUUCAAGUCAAAUUUUGCAACUUUGGAUGAGGAUUCUGGAGUUGUUGUUAGUAGAAGAGCUGAUCGACAUUUCGAAGAAGAAGGACCUAUACUUUGUGCUGCUCUUGAUGGAAUGAAGCUUCCAUCAUUCCCUGAGUAUGAAGUUAGAGUCAGAUAUGCAACGGAACAUAGAUGUGGAGUGGUUGUAAAAGGGCCAAAACUUAGUGGGAAUAUAUCUGGAACAGAUCCAUUGAAGGAUAAUCGUUUGCUUCUUGAAGCUAAACCUUUGGAUGAAUCAGAAGAAGCUAAUCACACAGCCAAAGUCGUGAACGAAUUAUCCCGGGAGAUAUCGCGCAUUCUUGUUUCCCACCCGGUUAAUGUAAAGAGAGCUGCACAAGGCAAGAAUAUUGCUAAUCUUGUUCUUUUAAGAGGCUGUGGUAUUCGAAUCGAGGUUCCUCCUUUUCACGAGAAGCAUGGUUUGUGGCCGUGUAUGGUAGCACCAACGAAGAUUAUAGCCGGACUUGGUAUGUCCCUUGGUAUUGAUAUUCUUGAAGCUCUGGGAGCCACUGGAGAUUACCGGACGCUUCUCACAUCGAAAGCGAUUGCUAUAGCGAAUGCGCUUUCAGCUCCUUUGAAUCCCUGCCCAAAUGUCUUUGAACCAGCAGAGGACGGGCAUAAACCGGGAAGGUCAGAUGGUUACGAUUUCGGCUUCCUUCACAUUAAGGCUAUAGAUGAUGCAGGUCAUGACAAGGCUACAUUGUUCAAAGUUCGAGGCUUGGAAGCUGUGGAUAAAGCGAUACGUCAGCUCGCUAAGCUUCUAUGGCAAGCUGAAUCUUCUUCAAAUUACCAGUAUUUCUUGUGUGUGACUGGUGAUCAUUCUACUCCAGUUGAGUAUGGAGACCACAGCUUCGAGCCUGUCCCAUUCACAAUGUGCCGGUUAAAGGACUUUGUGAGAGCGGUUGGAGGAGAAUCAGCUCUAUUAGAGACAUCUUUAGACCCUUUUCCACUUCCAACGGAUAUAGCAUCCAGUGAAAAUGUCAUCGGAAAAGAAGAAGAAGACUGUGGGAGGAGGGAAGCUUCUCUGGCGAUUAGUGGAGAUUCAGUCUCAGAGUUGAACGAGAUUGCAGCUGCAAGAAGAUGUCUUGGCCGUUUCCAUGGCGGUGAAAUGAUGGGAGUUAUCACCAAGUUUCUGAAGUUGGAUGUAUAAAUCAAAUUUCAUAAAAUUUUGCAUUUUUUCUUUGAAAAUUUGGAUUUUGGAAGUGUAAUAAAAAAUUAUCAACUCUAACAAGCUCAGGAAGUUGAAAAAAAAAUGUCUAACAAUGUUUGGAGGUGUAGUUGCAUGUUAAAGUUUACACUUUGGCUCUUAAGAUAUA